UACAAAUCUCAAACAUGGAAGAAGACUCCUCCAUCUUUUCAAGCAUCUCAGAAAAUGAGACUAAAUAUAUUCAACUCAAAAUAGGCAGCUUGUUAAACCGCUCAUUCACUGAAUUCAUCUCCCAGGCUAAGAAGUCAGGGGACUACAAAAAGUUCCUGAAAGCGCAAGAUCUCCAAGAAGAAGGGGAAUAUCAUUUCAUUAAGACUGAUAAGGAGCCGAGCAGUCCAAUGUCCAAGUCUGAGUCUGAAGACCAAUUUGACCCUGCUCAUGAGUUUAUAGAAAUUAUUUGUAACGUACCUAGCUCUGAAGAGCUCAAAUCUAGUGGAAACUCCAUCCCAAACCAGAAAUAUCUAAAGAAAAAGAGAAAGGCUGUUUUCAGUAACCCUGAAGAUGUAUUCAACCAGGAAUCCUUUGUUCCUCCUAAGUAUGAGAAGGCAGAGUCUGAGAGAGUCAAGAUCAAGAACGCGCUGAUGAAUAAUAUGUUAACCAAAAAGCUCUCUGAUGAGUCCAUAAAUACACUCAUUGCAGCAUUUCAGAAGAAAACUUUCAAUAAGGACGAUGUUAUUAUUCAAUAUGGCGAUGAUGGCAAGGAAUACUUCGUACUUGAGGCCGGUGUCCUCCAGUGUGAAGUCUUUGAUGAAGAGACCAAGGAAUCUUCAGUCACUAGGACUAUUACAGAAGGGAAUGCUUUUGGAGAACUAGCCUUACUCUACCAAACGCCAAGAUCUGCUACUAUUACUGCUUUGACUGAUUGUACCACCUGGGUUCUGGACCAGAUGACCUUCAAAACUGUGAUCAUGGCUUCGGCUGUCAAAGAAAGGAAUAUUAGACUAAAUUUCAUUGACAACAUUAAAGUCUUCGAAAAGAUGAGCAGAUAUGAGAAAGUAAAGCUCUUAGACGGCCUUCAGGUCCAAUACUUCGAGUCAAGCGAUGUCAUCGUUAAAGAAGGAGAUGCAGGUGAAUACUUCUACAUCAUUGAAGAAGGCAAAGUAGAAUGUAUCAAAGAAGAUGGCAAGGAGAUUAUCAGAACUCUUGACCAAGGAGAUUACUUUGGAGAGCUGGCCCUCAUAGAGUCAGAACAAAAGAGGACCCUUACAGUAAAAGCUAAAAGCUUGUGUAAACUACUAGUCCUGAACAAGGACACCUUCUACAGAGUGCUUGGCUCAUUCUCAAAUUACUUGAAGAAGGAUUACAAAUUAUAA